UUAUGCAUUUUGUUAAUUUAAUUGUCGACAAAUUAUUGUUAGAUGAUUAACGCAUUAAAUUGGUAGGCAAAACUGUAUCUUUACUUUAAAUAUUGUUUAUUUAUAUUUCCAUUGUAAACAUUUCAGGUUGACCACAUCCGUUUCCCAAUAUGUCUGAAGAGAAGGAACUUGUUAAGAAACGAGGUAGUUUUAAAGGACGUUUGACGCUAUUCAUCAAUUACCUGGAUGGGUUGCCAGAAUUUGAUGAACAGUUGGAUAGUUGUACGGUCAGGGAAUUGCAAUUACGGAUGGGGAAGAUCGAAAGUAUGUAUGAACUUUACAAUGAGGUACAGUUACGUUUAGAAUGUUUAGCUGACGAUAUCAAUUUUCGAUUAACCGAACGAGCUGAGUUCGAGUCUUUGUAUUACAACUCACUGUCUAGGGCACAGAACUUACUAUGUAAGUACAAUAAUGAUAAAGAAUCGGUAAGUAGUGAUAAAAUUACACGUAUUGUUCAACGUAAGCCUGUUAGGUUGCCCACCAUUCAGCUCCCAAAGUUCAACGGGACUUAUAGCAAUUGGUUGGAGUUCCGUGACACUUUUAUCAGCCUUAUUCAUUGUAAUGACGAAAUAGACCAAAUUAAUAAAUUCCAUUACUUGCGAGCGUCUUUGGAGGGAUCUGCUGCUGUUGUAAUUCAUGCCGUUGAGUUUUCAGCCGGAAAUUACGACAUAGCUUGGAAAUUGAUAUGUGAUCGUUUUGACAAUAAAAGAUUAUUGGUGCAGAAUCAUUUAUCCUCCUUAUUUAAUUUAAACACUAUAGUGAAAGAGUCAUCUUUUGUGUUAAAAGAUUUAAUUGAUCAACUUAAUAAAAAUCUACGUGCAUUGGAGUCACUAGGUGAGCCUGUGAAACACUGGGACACUUUAUUAAUAUAUAUAGUGACUUGUAAAUUACCUCAGCAAACAUUGCGUGAGUGGGAGGAUCAUAAGGGUCGCAUAGAUAAAGAUAUAAUAAUAACAUUUAGUACAUUCCUACAAUUCAUUCGCACGCGCUCUGACUUGUUGGAAACCUUAGAGUUAGCGCGAGCUCGCAAUAAUGCUUCUCCCUCUAAGCAUAGUACAGGUAGAAUACAAUCUAUGCUUGUUGCGAAUCCCAAUAAUUAUAAUUUAAAUAAUAAGUUGUGUCCGCACUGUAAGUCGGAUCACUUGUUAAGUAGUUGUUCACAAUUCCUUGCACUUAGUGUAGACGCCCGUUACAAGUUAAUGCCUAACUAUAAAGUUUGUUAUAAUUGUUUUCGUGUUGGUCAUUUCGCCAAUCGUUGUAAAAGGCCGGGUUGCAAAUUGUGUAAACGCCGUCACAAUAUAUUGUUGCAUUUAACGGAUAAUAAGCGUGUUUCAAAUUCUUGCAAUAAUAAUGAUAAUAAAAAUACAUCACGAGAUAGCUCAUUUGUUUCCAUGCCUUCGUUACCGCCCGCUGACGCUGGGACAAGCACUGAUGCGAGUGCAAAUAAUUUAACUUUGUCUGCGGAUCUCAGUUCGUCUUGUGGUGGUAACGGUGAACACCGCGGUGGUGUUUUGUUGUCUACCGCUCUCAUCAAGUUAUGUGAUCGGAACGAUCGUGAGCACAUAGUGCGCGCCCUGCUUGAUAGUGGUAGUACUUCAUCAUUUAUGACAGAACGCUUAUGUACUCGGCUCAAUUUGAAUACUAGUCAUGUUAAUGGUUCAGUCUAUGGCAUAAAUAACGUGAGUUCUCACGUAGGCAAAAUAUGUCACGUAAAGAUGACCUCUUUAUACAACUCUUAUACUGCAAAGUUGAGUUGUUUUAUUUUGCCAUCAUUAAUGAGUGUUAUGCCUUGUCGCGAAAUCGACAUUUUAGACUUGAAUAUUCCAGAUAAUAUAUUUUUAGCGGACCCCACAUUUAAUAAGCCGUCAGAAGUAGAUAUAUUAAUAGGUGCUGAUCUCUUCUGGGACUUGGUCGGGUCACAGAGAAUUAGACUAGGUGUAGGUAAGCCGGUACUGUGUGACACGUUAUUAGGCUGGAUAGUUUCCGGUCCUGUUACUUAUAAUCCAGGUAAGCGUAGGUCAAAUGAUAUUUCUUGUAAUUUUACUCAGAUGGAUUCCUCUUUUAAUGAUGAUUAUAAUAAAAUUCACAAUGAUUUGGUAAAGUUUUGGAAUCUGGAAGAGAUAAACCCUCCAUUCUCUCAUUAUUCACCUGAAGAAAGGUUAUGUGAGGAACAUUUUUUGAAAAAUACGACACGUUUAGAAGAUGGUCAUUUUUGUGUUCGUAUUCCAAUGAAGCAAAGUCCUUCCAUGUUAGGAGACUCAUUCCAAAGGGCAUCUAAAUGUUUUUAUUCUCUAGAACGUAGACUGAAAUCAAAGCUUGACUAUGGCAAUAUGUAUCGAGAUUUCAUGUCUUAAUAUAUAAAGUUAGGUUGAGUGAAAAAACUAAUAUUUAUAAAGUAUAUUAGUGUUCUGAAAUCUUUAGAUUUAUGGUGGAGCGGUCCCAGCUUUCUAAAGCAACAUAGUUCACAUUGGCCUUCUCCAUGUAAAUCAUUAGAGUUAAACGAUCUGCCUGAAACUCGACCUUCUGUUUCUUUGAGCGCUACUAUUCGUAAUGAUAGUCUGAGUUACACUCUUAUAGAUUUUAGUAGAUUUUCAAAUUAUUUAAGGCUUAUCCGCACUGUAGGUACUGUUUUAAAAUUUAUUAAAUUGUGUAGAAAAAAGCCUACAGCUAGUAAAUUUCUGUCACAAAAUGAUUUGCAGGAUGCACUAAAUGUUGUCAUUAUCCAAAGUCAAAAGGAAUCAUUUCCUGAGUAUGAAAUGCUUUCUGGUAAUCGUAAAUUGCCAAAUAAAAGCGCCCUUAUUAAAUUUAAUGUAUUUCUUGAUGAUAAUAAAAUAAUGCGUGUUGGAGGACGCUUAGUUAAUUCCUUGUUUUGUUUUGAGAAAAAGCACCCUAUUAUUUUACAGUCCACUCAUAAAUUUACAAAAUUACUUUUUGAAUUUGAACAUAUAAGGUUAAUGCAUGCAGGCCCACAAUUGAUGUUGGCUUCUAUUAGAGAUUCGUACUGGCCUAUAGGCGGACGAAAUUUAGCGAGGAGUUGUUAUCGUAAGUGUGUACGUUGCUGUCGCAUAUCAGGUAGAACAGUUAGUCCUAUAAUGGGCAAUUUACCACAGCAGCGUCUCCUUCCAGGCGGUUACCCCUUUCAGUGCACUGGUGUGGACUAUGCUGGUCCCAUCAUGGCUGCUAGUCGGCAAGGUCGCGGAUGUAAGCUGAUAAAAGUGUACAUUGCAAUUUUUGUGUGUUUCACCACUAAAGCUAUCCAUUUGGAGCUGGUGAGUGACUUAACGAGUAAUAAGUAUUUAUUAGCAUUAUUUCGAUUUAUUUCGCGACGGGGAAAGCCCGAUGAUAUUUAUUCCGAUAACGGUACCUCAUUCGUAGGGGCCUGCAAUGAACUUUCGAAGUUUCUUAAAACUAAUUGUGAUUCCUUGAGCGAACAAUUAGCUAAUGAUGGUAUCAAAUUCCAUUUUAUCCCUGCGUAUAGCCCUCAUUACGGCGGUCUUUGGGAAGCGGGUGUCAAGUCAACAAAAUUCCACCUUAGGCGAGUG